UGGCCUUUUUAUCUCCCUUAUUCUGAAAGGAAAACACUUUUCCCUGAUGACUCUGCACGGAGGAAUAGGGGAAUUAAAUUCUUUUGAGAACCUGUGAUGGUUUUGAAUAUGUUCCUUGUACAAGACAUAAAUCAUUGAAGAAAAAGUCUCUUCCAGUUACCUGAAUCACGUGCGAAAUGGGUGAAGAUGAACAAUCUACUGAGAUGGCUGCCAGGUGGGAAGAUGAGAAGGUGACUGAAGCUGCCUCAGAUGGUUUUGUUGCUAUUAAAAUUGACUCCAAAAGUGAAGCAUGCCUGCAGUUUUCUCAAAUCUAUCCCGUAGUGUGCGUUCCAUCCAGUUUUUUUAUAGGAGACAAUGGAAUCCCUUUGGAAGUAAUUGCUGGCAGCGUUUCUGUUGAAGAGCUUGUUACCAGAAUCCAUAAAGUUAGACAGAUGCACACAGUAAAAGGGCAGCCUUUGGAAAAUGGAAGUCCGUCACCUGCUCCCUGUCACUCCUCUCAGUCUGAUGGUGCUCCAGAAAAUACACAGUCCAGAGCAGCAGAGCUUUGUGACUCUCCCGAGUCCGUUACGUCUGAGACAAUAAGACCUUCUGCCGGUAAUGAUGGAGCAAAUUUAGGUCAAGCAAGCCAGGAAGCAGCUAAUUCUUCAGAUGGGCAAGUGAGUGAUGCUCAGCCUGUGAAUGAUCUUAUGCUCAAAGUAGAACGAAUAACAAAAAAGCUUGAAGAGAGGAGAGAAGAGAAAAGGAAAGAGGAAGAACAGAAAGAAAUUAAGAAAGAAAUUGAACGGAGAAAAACUGGUAAGGAAAUGUUGGAGUACAAAAGACGACAGGAAGAAGAAUUGACAAAACGUAUGUUAGAGGAAAGGAACAGAGAAAAGGCGGAGGAGAAGGCUGCUAGAGAGCGUAUAAGACAACAGAUUGCAAUGGAUCGUGCUGAAAGAGCAGCUCGCUUUGCAAAAUCAAAGGAAGAGGCAGAAGCUGCAAAAGCUGCAGCUCUUCAGGCUAAACAGGCUGAAAUAGAAGCCAGAAAAGAAGCAUCUCAAAAAGAGCGAAGUGCAAUAGCCAGGAUUCAGUUCCGCCUCCCAGAUGGAUCUUCCUUUACUAACCAGUUCCCAUCUGAAGCACGGCUAGAAGAAGCAAGGCAAUUUGCUGCACAGACUGUUGGUAAUGCUUACGGCAAUUUUUCACUGGCAACAAUGUUUCCCAGAAGAGAGUUUACCAAAGAAGAUUACGGAAAGAAAUUACUGGAACUAGAGUUAGCACCCAGUGCUUCAGUAGUGUUGCUGCCGGCGGGAAGACCUGCUACUUCUGUUGUUCAGGCUUCAGGCGGUGAUCUGUGGAAGUUCUUGGGCACAAUACUUUAUCCUCUCUUAGCGGUUUGGAGAUUUAUUAGCAACUUUUUGUUUACAAGUCCACCCCCCUCACAGUCUGCUGUGAGAUCGGCUCAUCAGCAAGACCAUUCAAGUCCUUCGGCAUCUAGCAGCGUUGAGCAAAGCAGGCAAGCAGUCAGGAAACGAGUAGUGGAAAAGCGGGGGGAAGACUUUAAAAAAGAAGGCAAAAUAUACAGACUGAGGACUCAAGACGAUGGAGAAGAUGAAAACAACACUUGGAAUGGAAAUUCUACACAACAAAUGUAGUUUUGAGUAACUGUCAUAAGCAUUGUCUGGCUUCCCCCACCCCCCCUUAUUUGAUCUAAGUUGACUAAAGCUUCUGGACAAGUGGGCUUAUUUUUACACUGACUGAACUACUUUUUAUUCCUGCAGCGGAGUAUGGAAUAAACUAAGUCACCUAAGUCAGAAAAAUAAAGUGGGUGGAGCUGAGGUCUAGAAGCAAAGAGUUAAAAAAACCUGAAAAUCUCCAUUGGCUUUCAUAAUAGAAAGGCACUUUUUAAUCUAUAAAUAUUCUGCUAUAUAAAUUUAAAGGCCAGAUAUUAAUAUAAAGGUCGUGGUAGACAAUGACUGAUUGAGGGUUUCAGAAGCACUAUAAGUAGCAAAUCAGAUAACUAAUUUAUGUUUAAAUUUUUUCUUGCUUCUGCAACUGCAAGCAAAACCUUGUAGUUUUUAACUCUGCAAGCACUCAAUAAACUAUUUUCCAGAAAACAUAA